GCGAUAUUACACAGACUCAUUGCUUAUCGUACACGACCGCUGGAAGACAAGAUCAGACCGAGCCAUAUAAAGAGGAUCGACAAUGCGGUGGAUAACAUUGAUGUUCGGGUUUGCAGUAGCAAGCAUAGUUUGGGCUCACCCGGAACCAAAAAAAUAUAAACCGGAUGUAUUGAAGAAAGACCAGGUGUCAGAAAAACUUACAGAUGAUGAAAAACAAUUCAUAAAAGAAGUUGAAGAAAAGUUUGGUGUCAAGUCAGAAGUUUCUGAGAGGAGCGACGAACAAGAAGAAAUUUCACAGCAGGAUAAAUUAAAUACAACAGACAAGUCUGGUUUCAAGCCUUCUUUUCCAGCUGUUAUCGCUAUCGAAAUAGUUAAUGACACAGACUCAAAGACUAAAGGAAAAAGAACAAUUGAUGCUAAUCUUGGAUAUGGAUACAGAACCAGUAACGGAUACUCGUACAAUUACUUUGGAAAAUCAGGCCAAGAUAAGGGAAAGUUUAUGAUAUAUCCAUACUCACAGGAAGAUAUCCCUUCUGGGCAGAAAAUAUAUAACUCUGACUAUGUACAAACUGAUGGUCAGUACCAAAAGACAACUACAAACGUAGAGAUACAGCCGUCACAAGCAUAUGAACUAGUUCCUCUUAAAGAUGAACACGCUACCUACGAAUACAAAAAGCCUGAAGUUGAAUUCAAAACGCCAUCUCCUCCAGUAAAUAGCUAUUCGUCCCAUUCUUUGUCUCCAUCAACUCUAUACACAACAUACAAUGGUCAAGAAUUUUCAGGAUUAAGCAAGCAAUUCCCAACAUUGAUGCCUAACUAUUUUGUGGAUCCAUCUCAGUUACUAAAGAAUCCACAAUAUCAAAACGCUGGGCUAACUCAAGAUCAUUUGCGUCCUCAUGAUUCUCAAUUGGGACAGAGAAUUGUACCCGUAUUAGUUCUAAGAAUACCUAGUUCAUCUCUUAGGAAUCCAUCAGCUGAGUUAUACGCCAAUUUGCCCAAUAAUUAUCCAUUAUCCUCAUAUUUAAACAAUGUGAAUUUACAACAACUGGUAAAUCAAUAUUUUAAGAAACAAGGAUUUUCUUUUGCUCCCCAAAUAAUGGCUUAUCAAAGCUCACAUUCCUCGUCUGCAGCAGAAAAUGAACCACAUCACUAUGCUGACCCGUACGUCAGACCAGCAUACACUCAGGCUGAUUACUCAGGCGUACAAUACUCAGCUGUCAAGCCCGUAAUGGCAAGAUAUCCAUUAAGAUAUAAUCAACAAAAAUAUUUACUAGCGCAACCACAGUCGGUAUAUCGCCCACAUUCAUCCCAACGGCCUUCCGAAUACCAAUAUCAGUAUGUUCCUCAAAUGGCUAUGCGACCGAUGACCUACUAUAUCCAACCACAAUAUCAACACCAAUCCGCAGAAGUAUCACAAAAUUAUCACUCUGCAGCAAAUCAACAUGGUAAUACAGAAGAAACACUGUCUAAUUUAGAAUACAGAACACCCACCUAUUCUCAAGAUUCGUCUGCAAUAAACUAUGCCGGACAUCAAAGUGUUUCACAAACAAGUUCAAAUUACUAUGCGCCAACAGAAACAGAGGCUUCACAAUAUGAAAACGCUGAAUAUAAUAAGCCAGCAGUACAAUCAGAAUAUGUAGCUGCAAAACCUGAUCAUUCCACUUAUGUGUCAUCGAGUUCAUCAUCUCAGAACGACGGUGUUUCUGUCUACCCAUCCAGAUUAAUACACACGGAGCAGUAUGAAGAAAGUGAGGUUAGUUCAGGUAACGAAUACAGGCAAAAUGACAAUACUGAAGAAGCUGGGAAAGGAUUAGUACUUUCUGAGAAUUAUCCUAGCAAAGAUCACACAAUAGCAACGAUACUGCCCUUACCGUACAGCGCUCCAAAAAAGCCUGCACUAUCAACUAUUCAGACUGUUAGCUAUGUAACUCCAAUGCCAACAUCUAAGUAUCAAUCACAAUAUAAAAUAAUGGUACCGCAGACGGUAUUCAAAUCCUUAAGCGAUGAAAAAGUAUCGUACGUAAAUUCUCGGACCCUACCGAUGCAUUAUAUCCGGGCAAAUUUAUACAAUCAGGAUAGAAAUCCAGAGGAAGAAUACACGACAAGUGCUCACUAUGUGCCUCCUGUGGCGAGCAAAACAUCAUAUCCGAGAAAUUACCACACACACCCGAAGAGAAUGGCAAAAGCUGAUAAUAAAGCAGAAAGUUCAAUGAAAGUGGCCGCAAAGAAACAAAGCGACCAAAAUGAAAAGAAAUCGUCAUAAAUAAUUACGUUCUAAUUUUAAAAUGUGAAUGUAAUAUGAUUGUAAAUAUAAAUAAGAUUGUACAAUGUAUAUUGAUACCAAUACGAGUAAUUAUAUAAACAAUAACAGUAAUGCUAUAUAAUACUGAUAAAAUAUAAACGGAAAAAAGUAUUAGUGAUGUUAUUAAAAACUUAAUUUAUUAAUGUUAAGAUAUCUUGAAAUGGUUGUCUUAACGAGUUGUAUAAGAAUUUUUGUGCAAUAUUUUUAAAUAAAAUUUUAAUAAGUAUGUACUUACUAAUAAGUUAGAAGGAGUCUAUAUAUUUUUAAAUUUAUUCAUAAAUGUGUUGUUAUGUGUUAAAUGAAAAUGUUUUCUGAAGUAUUGUUUUUAUUCAGUAGAUUUAAUAACGAUGCAGCAUUCAAAUAUUUAUGUCCUCGAUUGACCAAGAGCUCCUUCAUCGAUACACAGUUUAAAUGGAUAAUUAAAGCAUUGAAUUUUACUAAAA